CUGGCUUAUAUCGCGUCAGCGGGAGUUGCUGCCUUGCACGUUGCUAGUUAGUUACAAUGUUGUAGCUAUUAGCACGAUAGCCAUUCCUUAGCUGGGAGGAAGACCCGCCGUUUAGUUUGACAAACAUACAACAGAGUUAAUUCUGACUCAUUCACAACCAAACCAACCACCAACUGUCGGCCAACUGAAAUUACUCAACAAAUUUCCAGCAAGCUCGUUGUGUUGUCUUUCAUUUAGCCCGCUAGCCUACCCAGCUAGCUAGCCACUAGCGUUGUACCCGGUGUUACCGUCUCCUCCCGUGCGAAUCGUCUCCUGCCCGGCUGGAGGAUCAUGGCAAUGAGACAGACUCCCCUCACCUGCUCCGGGCACACCCGGCCUGUGGUGGACCUCGCCUUCAGUGGAAUCACUCCCUAUGGUUACUUCCUCAUCAGCGCCUGCAAAGAUGGCAAGCCCAUGUUGCGCCAGGGAGACACAGGGGACUGGAUAGGAACGUUUCUGGGUCACAAAGGCGCUGUCUGGGGAGCCACUCUGAACACAGACGCCACCAAGGCAGCCACAGCUGCAGCUGACUUCACAGCAAAGGUGUGGGAUGCAGUGAGUGGAGACGAGGUCCUCACACUGGCACACAAACACAUCGUCAAGACUGUCACCUUUACUCAGGACAGCAACUGUCUGUUGACCGGAGGAAACGACAAGCUCCUGCGCAUCUAUGAUCUCAGCAACCCUGAAGCAGCACCACAGGAGAUUGCAGGUCACACCUCAGCCAUCAAGAAAGCUCUGUGGUGCAACAACGACAAGCAGAUCCUCUCCGCUGCCGACGACAAAACCAUACGGCUGUGGGACAGGACCUCCAUGGAGGAGGUGAAGACGCUGGCGUUCGACACAUCAGUGAGCAGCAUGGAGUAUGUGGCUGACGGAGAGAUUCUCGUGAUCACAUACGGAAAGACGAUCGCUUUCUACAAUGCUCUGAGCCUGGACCUGAUCAAGACUGUGGAGGCUCCAGCUCCCAUCAACUCAGCCUCCCUCCACCCAGAGAAGGACUUCUUUGUCGCUGGUGGAGAAGACUUCAAGCUUUACAAAUUUGACUACAGCACCAAGGAAGAGCUGGAGUCCUAUAAGGGUCACUUUGGUCCAGUGCACUGUGUACGCUUCAGCCCUGAUGGUGAGCUGUACGCCAGCGGCUCUGAGGACGGCACGCUGCGACUGUGGCAGACAGCGGUGGGGAAAACCUACGGCCUGUGGAAGUGUGUCCUUCCCGACGACUUGGGGACAGAGAACUCUGAGCAGCUGUACCCCUCGACCCCUGAGAUCAAAGCCUGAGGACAGAGCGCUGCUGUUUGGGAAAACUGGAUGAGAAGGAAAAGAGACGAGCGGAGGGGUGUUCCAGCGUGUUCUAUCAGGCCCCAGCAAGGAGCAGAGUCCAGAGCAUCUCCAUCUAUCAGGAACUGAUGUGGAUAUUAUGACUGGCCUGUCUGUCAUAGAGCAACCAUCUUACACACAUACACACACACACACAGACACAGAUUUCUGCAGUCACAUGGACAGUGUGGGCUGCAGAGUAAAGCAGUAGAGCCGUGAGUGUCUCUGGCUCAUCGCUGCCUGCUUUCUCUCUGAUCAGCCCAGUCCUUUAUGUCUGCUUCAACUUAUUUUAAAUUCACAAUCCCCUAAACCACAUGAUGCUAAGAUCAGUUUUGGUUUCAUAAUUAAUGUAUUUAAUGAGCUGGACCAAUGCCUUUUUGUUUUCAGUUCAGUUACAAGAAUACUGGAGGUUGUUGCACAGUUUGUGCUAAAGAUGAGGUGCUUUCAUUUCUUCAGAAACAUUGAAUAUUCACAGUUGUUGUACUGGUUGAGUAUAAAAAGUUAAAUGUCCAAAUAAAAGUAAAUAUUGUUUUGUGACAAAGUGGAAAGGGAAGAAAUGUCACUGGGUUUUUUUUCCAUUUUGGUUUCUGUGUCAUUAUUUGUGUCCAGUGAUUUAAAUAAACAAAUGCAUUACUGUUUUAUUUCAGUUAUGCACAAAAAGCAAA